CCCCCAGAGCCUUCGAGGACUGGGCACCGUUUCUCCCUGCUGCUAAUCUUAAAAGAAGCUAAAAGGAAGCCUUGAGGCAUACAUAGCCCGAUAGUAGAUCUGAGAGGAAGUCGGUUUUUCCCCGGCCAAGCAAGGAAAAGACAGGUCUUACGCCCACUGAUGGGCUUCUCAGGCCCACUCAGUGAGAUAGCAAAAAAGAUGACACGUACAGAGAGCCCUGUGAGUGGAAGAAGAUCACCUAAGCAGUGAGCUUCGGUGGAGAAGACAAGAGGUUUGAGGAUUGAAUUCUGGGGUACUUCACCCUUUAGAAGUCAGGAAGGUAGCACUGGCUGUGGCCUUGAACUUGAGAACCUUUCUCCGGCUUCAACCCCACAGCAAUGGGAAAGUGGGCCUCAACUUACCAAACAUUGGCAUCAAGAGGGCCUGGGAUGUGGCCAGGCUUCAGAUGCUGGACACGAGCUUCCUGGGGCAAGGUGACAGCAUAGCGCUCACACCAGAGAAAGUGGAGAAGCUGAAGGAGGUGGCAGGCGUCCCCGAGGACUGUGCCAACCACGAGUGCCUGGCUGUGCUGGCCUUCCUUUACUUGUACCUGACCAUCUGCCGGAAGCAGAGCGCCCUGCCAAGCCUGGACAUCACUGUGUGGUCGGAGCUGCCCACCGGGGCCGGCUUGGGCUCCAGUGCUGCCUACUCUGUGUGUCUGGCAGCUGCCCUCCUAACCUUGUGUGAGGAGAUCCCAAACCCGCUGAAGGAUGGGGAGGCCACCAGCAGGUGGACAGCAGAGGAUUUGGAAUUAAUUAACAAGUGGGCCUUCCAGGGGGAGAGGGUGAUUCACGGGAACCCUUCUGGAGUGGACAACGCCGUCAGCACCUGGGGGGGAGCACUCCGAUACCAGCAAGGCAGGAUUUCAUCCUUAAAGAGGUCACCGGCUCUGAAGAUCCUACUGACCAACACCAAAGUCCCUCGCAGCACCAAGGCUCUUGUGCUCAGCGUCAGGAACAGACUACUCAAGUUCCCAGAGAUCGUGGCCCCCCUCCUGACCUCCAUCGACGCCAUUGCCCUGGAGUGCGAGCGAGUACUGGGAGAGAUGGCAGCAGCAGCCCCCGCCCCAGAGCACUACCUGGUGCUGGAAGAGCUCAUCGAUAUGAACCAGCACCAUCUGAAUGCCCUCGGUGUGGGCCACACCUCCCUGGACCAGCUCUGCCAGGUGACUAUGGCCCAUGGACUGCACAGCAAACUCACUGGCGCUGGUGGCGGUGGCUGUGGCAUCACACUCCUCAGGCCAGAUCUGGAGGAGCCAGAAGUGGAGGCCACAAAGCAGGCGCUGAGCGGCUGUGGGUUUGACUGCUGGGAAACCAGCAUCGGUGCCCCUGGCAUCUCCAUCCAUUCGGCCACCUCCCUGGACGCCCCUGUCCGGCAAGCCCUGGAUGGCCUCUGAGAUGAGUCCACGCUGCUGUGGCGCUGCCAAGAAGCCCCUUCCUGGAUUUUUCUGGGCCCUCAAGUUGGCCUCUGUGCUGGCCAAUGGGCACCCAGCUCCUGAUGCUGACAGAGAGGCCCCCAGCCCCCUGUGACAUCCCUUCUGCUGGCUGUGCCUCUACAGUCCCACCAGUGGGACCUGGAACCUGCCGUGGGCUGGGCUGCCCAGAAGACAUGGUCUGUGUCCUGCAUUCUCUCCAGCUGGCUGGGCAGUGGGGCUGUGUAAAGUCCUCUGAGACUGCAGACCUGAGAUAAGAGGUGCUCUUUCUUGUCCUCCCUAAGGCUCCCCCAGACCCAUCUGCUUUGGGCCUCUGUCUUCACCUCAAACUCCCUGGCUGACCUGGCAGAAUGCUCAGGUUCAGGGGCCUGGUUCCGGGAGCAGUGUGCCUUCUCCUUCUUCCACCUCUGUACUUCUACCUGCCUCUCAGGACCAGGCCCUGCUCACCUCCUCCAGGAAGUCUUCCCUGACCCUGUGACCUGCUCUCUCUAGCUAGAUGUGGGCUCCCCUAGGGAGUGUCCAGGUGGUGGCCUUCUGUCCUAUGGCCCAAGAGUUGACCCAAAGCAGGGUCAAUGUGCAGUUUCUUCCAGUCUACCUGAGGGGUUUGCAGAAAAGAUGGCAAAGGGGGAAUAAAAAGAUCUUGAGUAAA